AUGUCAGAUUUGUUCAUGGGUACUCUUCAGGGGACUUUUGCUGAGAGGAUGAUGGGAUGCCUGGUUACUGGUUUUGCAGAUAUAGUAGUGGUUGGUGAGAGGAUUGAAAGUUGGUUGAGAAUGGGGAAAAUACAAGGAAAUGCUCCGUCGUCUGGAGUGAAGAAGCCUUUCGAUAACGGUCAGCGCAAGAAGGAGGGGGUGAAUGUAAUUUCGGAGGAUAAGAGAAAAAUCGGGGUGACAGAUGUGGAUCAGUUGAGGACUCCAAUGUCUGUGGUCAAGAGACAUCUGAUAAAGAAUGGAGUUUUUCCUGGUUGUGAUAAUUUUUGUGCUGCUUGUACUGUAACUGCAAAUGGGUGUGUAAUGUUGAGGGAGACGCUUCAGAAAAUGGUGGAUGAGGGAAGUCUCCGAUUUGAGAAAGUUGCUUUGGAGAAGGAGGAUGUUUCAACAAUAACCAUUUAUUUCGAUCCUGUCCACUUGUCAGUGCCGGCAGAUGCGGCUCCAAAGGAAGAUCAGGCUGCAGGUGAUAUCACCGUUUCAAAGGUGGACAAUGCCGGACUUAGUGGUUUCACUCGUAGUGGGAGGUUGUUUGCGCCUGAUACGUUGAGAGGUGGGGAUGUAGAAAAAGAACAGAGAGAUAAGGCUGAGGCUUUAGCCAAGGCAAAAGGAAAGCAGGUGGUGAAUGAGGGUACUCCUAGAGCGGCACAGGCGCCUGUUGAGCUGGAAAAUGAGUUUGACGCUGAAGCUGAGGAGUUUUUGAGGAUUAUCAAGAAGUCUGAGUACAAACUUGUAGAUCAUUUGCAACAGACUCCAUCCAAAAUUUCGAUCUCAUCUUUGCUAUUGAGUUCAGAAGGUCAUAGAGAAGCUUUGUUAAAGAUAUUGAAAAGGGCCUACGUCUCGCAGGAGAUUACAAUCAAUCAAUUAGAGACAGUGGUAUCAAAUGUCAAUGCCAGCCAUGGGUUGGGUUUCACUGAUCUCGAUCUUACUGUGGAUGGGCGCAAUCACAAUCAGGUACUGCACAUUUCGAUGGAGUGUAAAGGAGCUGUGCUUUCGCAUGUUCUGGUUGAUACGAGCUCGUCACUCAAUGUGUUGCCUAAGAAGGCCUUGGCUAAAUUGGACUGUGAGGGAUUGGUUUUGAGGCCCACUGAUCUGGUGGUUAGAGCGUUUGAUGGCUCUAAAAGGGCUGUGUUUGGGGAAGUUGAGCUCCCCGUAAAGAUUGGUCCUGAGGUGUUCAAGAGUGUUGUGAGAGUCAAUUAUGGUAUGAGAACUAAUUAUGGGUUGAAAACUUUUGGAUUUAUCACCUAA